CUUUCUCUGAGUGUUUUGAUAUUUUAUUGCGGUCGCGUUGAAUUCAAAUUGUGAAAUAUUCCGAUUUAAAAUAUUGAAUUUUAUCAAUAAGCCAUUCGGGUCGGCAAUUUAUGCAGUGAUUCGAUGGCCGUGCAUUAACAUAUUAGUGUAGUAUAAUUGUGUAGAAAAAAUCAUGGCAUCAUUCACCGAGUCUGGAUUAGUGAAGAAGUUGCUGGAGCUAAAUCCCAGUCAGCAAAGCAUACAAACUCUUUCGCUGUGGCUUAUCCAUCAUCGAAAACACCAUUCGAUUAUAGUCAAAACCUGGCUAAAAGAAUUGCAUAAAGCUCCAACAUCGAAAAAACUAACUUUCAUGUAUUUGGCGAAUGAUGUAAUUCAAAAUAGCAAAAAGAAAGGUCCAGAAUUUGGCAAAGAGUUUGAAAAUGCUUUGUUGAAAGCAUUUAAAUAUAUUGCCCAAUCUGGACCGGAGGAGAAGACGGUACAUAGCUUGAAUAGAAUUUUGAAUAUUUGGGCGGAACGAGGUGUGUAUGAUGAGGCAAGGAUUAAGGAAUACUCAGGAUUAUUGAACCAAAGGGAAAAGAGUCCAGCACCAGCAAAAACUGGCGAGGAAAAGAAACGGAAGGUUGAUAAAGUUUCGGAUGAGGCAAGCACUCGCGGUACUGCAAAAAAAUCUAAAAGUAGUUCAAGUACUGCCGAGAAAAAAGUCAAGUCUGAAACUAUAGAGGUUAACGGGAAGGUUGAAACGCAUGUAACCCUUAGUCCUCAUCUGCCGGAUGGUGAUCCACCUGAACCGGAGGAGUUGAUUAAAGUGAUUCAAGAGCUGGAGAAUUCCGCCUCCAGUGAUGCCGUUGUUAGAGAACGAAUUGCCAACCUGCCCCCUGAAGUAUCCGAACUUUCAGCGUUGGCCAAACUUGAAGACAAAGAAGCAGCUAUGCGUCUAGCUAUGAAGGUUAAUGAUGCAAUUCAAAUUCUGAAUGAUUAUAACGCUAGAUUAGCUUCUGAAAUGGACGACAGGAAGAAACUGACGACAAUGUUAAAAGAUUUCCAGCGAGAGCAACAAGAGCUUCUGGCGCAAGCAGAACAACGACUACAUGAGUACCAAGCAAAACUUUCAAAGAUCAAAGACGUUCAACGAGAGGUGCGCAACCAUAUGCACAAUUUGCCCGAUCUCACUAGCUUGCCAGACGUAACCGGAGGACUCGCGCCGCUUCCUUCUGCUGGGGACUUGUUCAACAUUCAUCAUUAUGUAGGCAGAAAACUGACCAAAUGAGAAAGCAGGAAACUUUUGCUACUUGACGAAUUUCGCUUUCUGUAAACCACGUUUGAGUUACUAAUCAAAACAAAUAUUGAGAAUAUAUUAAAAGUAUACUAUAGCGAACAAACUUAGCAGUAGUGAGGUCAUUGUUUGAUCUUUGCUGAAAAUGAAAGCUUAUUUUACAGCCAAUAAAUUUGUUUUGGUUAAAGUA